AUGAUCAAAGUCCAUAUAGGUUCCAGUAGUCGUCUGACGAAAGAGGCAAUUUUAGAAAGCUGCAGAAAUGGUAACAAACUCGUCGGAGCAGAAAGAAACAUGACCGAAGACAAAUACAACAUUCCGGCUGGAUACCUAGAAACGGCAUUCAAUUCAAAAACAGAUGACGAUAGCUUAUCGUCUUUGUCAUCUGCAGUGUCUUAUAUCUACACCACUGCGAACUCAGAACAUCUCAGCAAGGUCGUGGAGAUGAUGGCAGCCGCAACCAAUGAAAUGGUACAAACCGUAGACCGCCUGAACGAGGCGACAACUGGACUGUCUUCGUCGACAGAGUUCAUCAAACAGCAAGGUUGCUGA